AUGAGCUACUACGGCGGGCUGGGUCCUAUGGUGAAUGGCGUCCUCUGGACUGAGGCCGUACUAUUCGCUCUUUUUGUAACACUCAGACUCUAUACUCGAAAGCAGAUUCUCAAUGCUGUCGGUUCUGAUGACUAUAUCUGCAUUCUGGCGCUGGUCGUCCACAUUCUUUACACAAUCUUCGUCACUAUAGCCACUCACUAUGGCCUGGGUAGGCUAUUCGCUGAUGUCGGUGAUCCAGUCAUCUAUUUCACUGCUAUAAAAUACGAAUUGUUUAGCCAGGUGGCUGGUAUAAUGGUUAUUGGCAUUGGAAAGGCCGCUGUCGGCGUUUUCCUACUUCGAAUUGUGCGAAACAAGAUUCAAAUCUGGUUCAUCUAUGUCUGUCUUGGCAUUACCGCCAUUAUCACCUCUUUUGCGAGCAUAGUUGUUAUUGUUCAGUGCUCGCCGGUCGAGAAGAGCUGGAAUCCUACAACACCUGGACAUUGCUGGAUCAAUUUUUCCAAUGUCGGCUAUACAGUUGGAUCCUGGUUUGUAGCCGCCGAUUUGGCCUUUGCCACUCUUCCGUGGUUUGUCGUCUGGGAUCUCAAUAUGAAACGAAAGGAGAAGAUCACCGUCGCAUGUGGUCUGAGUCUCGGAAUAUUUGCCGGCGUUUGUGGUAUUGUCCGUACUGUUGCUCUAAAUGGCCUCGACGCUUCUGAGUACAUCUAUGACACGGUUCCAAUGCUCAUUUGGUCCGCUACGGAAAGUCUCGUUACCAUCAUGUGCUCAUCUAUCCCUGUCCUUCGACCUCUUUAUAUCCGCGUCCGAUACGGCAAAGACGGCAAAGACAGCUCCAUCGGAAACAGCGGCGACAAAACUUCCUACAAAUUGCCUAUGUAUGGUAGCGGUGCUCGAAAGUACGGCAAGUUCUCAAUUUCCAAUACGAAUGACUCGGUCCUUGAGCCGAAGAAUUCUACGAUGGUGAAAUAUCACUCUCGAGAUACCAGCGACGAGAACAUCCUUCAGGGAGCGGCGGGUAUUGAGAGGACGGAUGAGAUUUCCGUUAGUUAUGAGCGAUUCGAUAGCAAGGUCUGA